CACUUUGUCGCUCCCUAAACGCACAGGACGUGGUGUUAUCUCUGCACUUACGUAACACAAAGCAUCAGUCGGUUCCCGAGUCAAGGGCGAAAUUAAAACAAGCAUUUUUGAAAUCCAUUUUUUCUACAUCGUUGUUAAUCCCAGUGAUUUCUGAAGGGAUUACCGGACCAAUCAUGGUAGAGGGAACGCGGCUCGCCUGACGCUGCUCGGAUAGGAUGAUGGACGCACAGAGGGACUGGAAACAACAGCCACCUUUGGACCUGGAGAUGCUUUAAGAAAUCUUACUUUUAUUUACAUUUUCGAUUCGGAUUACAACGUUUUUUCCUGCCUUUUUCUUCUUUCUUUUUAUUCCCCCCAUCACACCGCAUGUUGGAAGUAGACCCGAGCUUGCGCGCUGCAACGUCUGCGUGGCUGCUUGGCGCAGGUUAUGUUAACAUGAAAGGCUUGAAAGGUCUCAGUAGCAGACAGCAGUUGCUUAUUCUCAUUCUGAAGGAUUAUCCUGUGCCCUGCAAAGUAAUCACAGGAUAAGGCAACGUGACUGAAUCCACAAUACAUAUCUGCCCCCACUGUAAGGAGCAGGAGACAGUAAAGACUCGGUCUGGACCUUUUCCCCAUGACCAGCAAAUGGAGGAAGAAAACACAUUUAAUAAUACUGACAAAAAAUUCAGCCCUGUACCUGCUGGGCUUCCCAUUAACUGGGGGCUCAUCACUGGCCCAGUUCCAGAACCAGUUUUCUCCGCUUCGUCCUUCAACACUUCACUCCCUCCUCAAAGUUCAGCCGUGCACGCGUUACAGACGAAGGUGAAGUCCCUCACUCAAAGAAAGACAAGAGGGAGAGACAGAGAGAAGGAAAGGGAAAGGCUGAGUCCAUCAGAACAAAGUCCAUCCGAAGUUUUUAUGCGGCACAGAGCCAGAGAAAGAGAACAGCUAUCUGUGCCGGCUCCUUCGUGGCAGUCAGGUGUCAAGAAGCACUUGAGCAGCAGUGAUGAAGAAGAGGAGGUAGAGGUGCAGGUCAGGCUACAGAUCCAUAGUCCACCAGUUGAUGUACAAAUAGAGCAUCAAGAACAAGAUGAUGAAAAUGAAAAAUUUGACAAAAAUGAGCACCAAAGUGGUUGUCAGCAAGGGCGAUCUCGUGGUUUCAAAAAGAGCGCCAGUCUGGAAAGUCUUCUCUCUGACAACUCUAGAAGGAAGGACAACCCAUCGCCUCCUCCACCAUCAACUUUGCUCUCCUCUUCCUCUGCUUCCAACAAUUCUGCUUCCACUUCAAGCUUGUCCUCAGCAAAACACUGGGCACCUCCAAAGGGCUUCUGGAGAAUUGCACGUCCAGAAACCUUGCUCCUAAGUGGUGUUGCCCCAGAUAACAUCUCUUCUAGUUUACCUCUAAAGGACUACACUCAGGUAGAAGAACGCACAGAGCCUCGGAGGAAAUUAGAACAACCUGAAUCAAGCAGCAGAAAGGAAGCCAGAAGUGGGUUGGAUGACAUCAAUGCAUCUUCAGAACUGAAACAGACAGGGAGUGAGGAGUGCCACCUGGACAGAUGGAAGCAAAGGGAGUCAGAUUUGGCUGAACCCGUCAAAGAACUGUGCAACUCAGACUCCUGGGAGAGCAUCACUUCGCUACCUUCCCAGAGCGGAGUGCUCUGUGCUGAUUUGAAGCUUCGGGUGAAGGAGAGGGCCUACGCAAAGUUGAGGGAACGACAACAAAACUGCAGGGAGGAACAAGAUCAGUGUGAAGGAGAAAGUGUGGGCUACUGUGGAGACAUAUCAUACAGAGUGGAUUAUAAAGUUUCAGGUAGCCACAGUGUUUUGGACAACACCAACACUGCCUUUCUUGCUCAAGAACUUGAGCCCUAUUUAAGGUCACUUCUUGUAAUUGGAGAUGAACUACCUCUAAGCCCAAGACACGAGGAAGCCAAGCGUCUUCUGGAGCGUGCAAGACUCAAAGCUCGCUCCAGUCACAUUAAAGGCGAUCGCCCCAGACGCUCCCAUUCGGAUCAGAGGUCCUCUGUUAAAAAACACCAUAGUGAAUCAUCAUGUCCAACCACAGUACAGAAAGCUGUUCAAACCAAAGAGGAUCUUUCAACCCAGACCGUCUCGGGCCCCUUCCUUGUCCCGCUGCGCAGAGAAACUUCCCCCACCGACCAAACAGGCCGUCCCAGGCGUCACGGUUGUUCACCGACACGUGUACGUUUCGAGGAUGAAUCAGAGAAAGAAGCGGAGUCUCGCUAUUUGGACAGAGUGAAACAGCGAGAAAGGCCAGGGAUGCCAAAGUUCAAGAGUAAGGAGAGCAAUACAGAUUCCAGCAGCAGUGGUUCAGAGAGGAGCAGAGGCCACAGAAGCGUCUCUAUGCCCCCUCCUCCCAAGCAAAAUGAGGUGUCAAAAAGUGAAGAAACGGCUACAGUUGUUAAAGAAAUAAUAGUGCUGGUCAAGAAAUGUGAAGCGUGUGGCUCAGUAGUCCGAGAACAGCAGCCUGCGUCCACGCUAGAUCCACAGAGCAGUGAGCCGCAGCAGGCAGGCAGCACAGAGGACAUACGGGGAAAAGCCACUCCUCGCUGGGUACCUUUAAACAAACCAGAUACAAGCACUCGUCCUAAAGCUUCACUCACUGUCACAUUUGCUGGGGCGUAUGUGUUGGGGGAAAACAAAGAGACAAGUUCAGGGUGGAAGUCUUCUGGAUUUGGCAAACUUAGGAGAAGGAGCAGGAAAGGAGAAAGUAGAUUGGAGUCUGGCCACGGCCCUUACGGCCCGUCAUGGGCUCAGCGACGUAACUCAAAUCCACGGAACAGAGUCAACUUGUGCAGAACCGUUUCAUUCGCACCUGGCAGUCCCAUUACCCUGGAGCCACACUCACAGCCGCCCUCGGGUGAGCCAAGAGAGUCACCUACCCCAUCGUUGCCCAUAAAGUCAGCCCUGAAGUCAAGCUCGAGGAACCGUUCUGCUGCAGGGCAGUCCUCAGUUCAGUUUCAGAUGUCAUCAAGUCAGGGAGAUGGUGGAUCGCCGCCCCUCCUGGACUCUUCAGAGACAUCUGCGUCCCUGAGCCAAGGGGGAACAGCAUCAAGCAACCAAGUACCCUGUGCCAGACCCACUACUUUAAGAUACUCUCCAGCUAGAAUCCCUGCAGAUCUACCAUCUGCUGACCUCUGGGAAACCACUCCAGAUGCAGCAGGUCUGAGUGGAGACUCUGGUUUUGGUUUGGACAGCCGCUCUGUGCGAGGCCCGGGUUUGUCGAGGGCUGAGGACCUCAGAGCCGAACUGCUGCGAGCAGAACAUCUGAAAGCUGAGGCCUUAUGGGAGGAGAACAGUGAUGGUUCUAGAAAACUCGAUGGGAGGCCAAAGCUGUUCCUGCGUCGCUUCUUCUCCUCCAUCGGUCUGAACAGCGUUGGCAGACUUGUGAAAGGAGGUCGCUCCAGUAGUAUGGAACAGCUGAGUAUCCCUUCAGCUCCCCGAGCAAACUCAGCUUCACCGAGUCCUACACGCAGACCCCAGCCCUCCAUUCGUAUACAGAGGACACCGUCUCUGCAGACCCUCCACACGGUGCUGCCGCUGGCCCAGCUGCGUAAAGCCUCUUCGGUGCAAAGUUUGGAGAGAAGAACAGAGCGGUCAACUAUUCUUGGAGAGGUGCAGAUACCAUAUGGCCUGGCACCCAGCCCAGAUAGCCCACAGCUUGAGCUUCACAGGACUUUGAGUGUGGAGGACGUGCUUGUCACUAGAAUAGUGCGUCCGCUGGGCCGUGUGACCCAGGCUUUUCCGGAUGGGUCCCUCCUACUGGAGCUCAUUAAACCACCAAAUGGUCCCUUUGGUUUUGUGAUUUCAAGAGGAAAAGGUCGUCCAGACACAGGUGUUUAUGUUGAAAAAGUGGGCGAUGGCAGUGGAGAGGGCCCGUAUGUCGGCCUCCUCGGUGUUGGGGAUGAAAUUCUGCAGGUGAAUGGAGAAGCAGUGGCUGGGCUUAGUUUGGAUCAAGUAACUCGACUCAUGACUCGAGACAGCACUGCUUCUCUGCGGAUUCUGCCAGCCCGACGCAAUCAGCGCUGACAGGCAGGACAGCACGCCUCACAGAUGCUUCUUCCAGCAACAAACUGACUGAUGAACGGACUGAACAAAUGAAUUUAUUUUGUAAAACAGUGAACUGAGGAAAUAGAUGCACCCAAAGGAGUUAGAUAUUGUUUUGCUGUUUAUUGUACAAACAAAAAGCAGAAUAAUGGGAAACGUGUGAUAUCUAUGGAUUUUAAACUUAUUUUUGUGAUUAGAAUGAAUCAAAUGCAUAAUUGUUUUUUAGCUCUGGACAUGAUGCAAUUUUGACACACAUUUAAAUCUGUAAGAUCUUGCUUCUAUUGUAAAGUUUUUAAAAAAGUAAUUUAUUUUCGCCCAUAGACUCCUUAGCUAAAAACAUAUGAAAAACUAAAUCUUUUUAAAAACGA